UAAUCUUCAAAAUAAAAGUUCGGGUUCCAUGAAAUGUAAAUUAUAAUGCUGUUGUAGUUAAAUUAUACUAAUACUCGGUAUCCUAAAUCAUCCGCCUAUAAAUUGCAAACACCAUCACCUCUCCAAAUAUCAACUUCUUUUAACAAAAACGUUGAAACCCAAAAUAAAUCAAAAACCCAAAAAAGAAGAAGAAAAAGAGAUGAAGAAACUUGUCUUAAUCCUCUUUCUCUCGUCAAUCUUCCUCACCCAAGCUGCUCAUGGAUUCGAUUUCCACGAGAAAGAGUUGGAGACAGAGGAAAGCUUGUGGAAACUCUACGAGAGAUGGAGGAGCCACCACUCCGUUCCUCGGAGCCUACACGAGAGAGAGAAGAGAUUCAACGUGUUCAGAUACAACGUGAUGCAUGUCCACAACUCCAACAAGAAGAACAAACCCUACAAGCUCAAGCUCAACAAGUUCGCCGAUCUCACUCUCCACGAGUUCGUGAACGCUUACGCAGGUUCCAACGUGAAGCAUCAUCGGAUGUUUCAUGGGCCGAAACUCGGGUCCGGAAGGUUCAUGUACGAGAACGUGACGAAAACUCCGGUGUCCGUCGAUUGGAGAGCGGAAGGAGCUGUUACUGAGGUCAAGAACCAGGGCCAGUGUGAGAGUUGCUGGGCAUUCUCAACAGUUGCAGCAGUAGAAGGAAUCAAUCAGAUCAAGACAAAGAAACUGGUUUCAUUGUCUGAACAAGAACUCGUUGAUUGUGACACUUACCAGAACCAAGGUUGCAACGGAGGUCUAAUGGAGAUCGCCUUCGAGUUCAUUAAACGUAAUGGAGGGAUCACCACUGAAGAGAACUAUCCCUAUGAAGCCGCCGAUGGCAGAUGUGACGCUUCAAAGGAGAAGGGUGAGCUUGUCUCGAUCGAUGGAUACGAGAGCGUGCCGGAGAACGACGAGGAAUCGCUUGUCAAAGCUGUUUCAAACCAACCUGUAUCCGUCGCCGUUGAUACUAGAAGUUCAGAUUUCCAGUUGUACUCAAAGGGUGUGUUCACCGGAUACUGUGGGACUGAGCUGAACCACGGAGUGGCGGCGGUAGGGUACGGGGUGGACCCCGACGGGACCAAGUUUUGGAUCGUGAAGAAUUCUUGGGGACCCGAAUGGGGAGAAGGAGGAUACAUUAGGAUGGAGAGGGGGAUCUCGGACAGCGAAGGAAAGUGUGGGAUCGCGAUGGAGGCUUCCUAUCCGGUCAAGCUCUCGUCGUCGAACCCGGAUGCCUCGGAUGAUGGCAUCAAGGACGAGCUCUAGACACAACAAUCAUGACCACGGAAUAUGAGAGAUGAUGGUUCAUGGACUCCAUCUCUUUUUUAUUUCAUGCGUGUGUUUUUUCAGUUAUUUGAACUGUCGGGUUUUAAAACGAAUGAAUAAAUUUGUUUGUCCUUUGUUCGGUCCAUGGAUUGAUCGUUUAAAAC